GCCACGAACCUUGAGAACACCGUGCUUCCAGGGGCGCAGUUCUUCGUCAAUGACCAGGGUGACAUUGUUUGCAGCGAGGUGUCCACUCGCUUCUCCAUGGUGGAGCAGGAGUGCGAAGACCUUGAGACGGAGAUCACUACUGGCAUGGCUGCCGACCCAAGCCACCUUCAAUCUGCAAUGCACGUCCUGGAGUAUCUGGACGAGGUGCAGCGUCGUCUGGAUGACAUCAGCAAGAACUUCCUGUACCUCAAUGACUGCUACACGCUCUUCAUGCAGGAUCCGCAAGACACAGACAUACUCGAAGAGGCCCAGCAGCUGCUAAACGAGCGCUGUCAGCUCUGGGAAGUGGCGCUGCAGUGGACGGACCUCCAGGAACAUGUCGCCAGUGUUCCGAUCUUGCAGAUGGACGUGCUCCAGCUGCGCUGCAAGCUUGAGGGCUUCAUGGAGGUCCUGAGCAACAUGUCUACUGACAUGCCGGGCGAUGAGGUGAUUUCAGAGCUUUUUGUCUCCGUGCAAGCGUG